UGCCCGGCUCCUCCUCCGCGCCUGGCCCGGCCCGGCCGCCGCUGCCUCUCCAAACACCGCACAGGUCCCAGGAAGCAGCGCCCGAGGAGGAGGAAGCGCAGGGGCCGGGCGGCUCCCUGGGUGCCGCGGCGCGGCUCCCGCAUGGAGCCCAACGUGCGCUUCUGGAUCACCGAACGUCAAUCUUUUAUUCAGAGAUUUCUUCAGUGGACAGAAUUGUUGGAUCCUACAAAUUUGGUUGUUUCAAUUGAAAAAAUAGAAAAAUCAAGGCAACUAUUGUUAACAAAUGAAGAUGCGUCCAUACGUGACUUGGAGGACCAAAGGGUAAAAGACGCUUGGAAGAGAAGUCUCUCAACCGUGCAUCCUGACAACAGCAAACUGAUUCCCGUUCCUUUUCGACCUGCAGCUCUCCUACCUUUCACGGCGCCCAUGAUAUUUUUCUCGAUGCUGUCAGUAAAGAGUCUGAAGUCCCUGAUUUUACCUCAGAUUUCCUUCUAUACCUACACCACAGUGUUCAACAUUGUCAAUGGAAACGCAAGUUAUAAUCGUCGCCUACAUGAGAGUGUGUUACUAGGGACAGGAGUGAUUGCCUCUUCCUCCUUUUUUGGAUUAUUCCCUCGUUUGCUCCAGAUGCGGCUGAAUCACGUUCUGUUGAAAAAAGCCCUUCCCGUCAUCAUUCUCACCCACAUCAGUGCAAUGAAUGUUGUCGCAGUCCGAAGUCUUGAGCCCAUUCGAGGCAUUGAAGUCAUGGACAAGGAAGGCAAUGUCAUGGGCUAUUCCAGGAAAGCCGGGACAAAGGCCGUUAAAGAUACAGCAACAUCCAGAGUAGUGCUGUUUGGGACCUCAGCUUUCAUCCCUGAAGUCUUCUCGCACUUUUUUGUAAGGACCCAGUUUUUCCGGCAAUAUCCGUGGUCAUUAUGGACCUUCAAGCUGUCUUGUACUGUCUUAGUAAUGGGACUGAUGGUGCCGGUUUCUUUUAGUAUAUUCCCACAAAUUGAACGGAUACAGUGCAGUGAACUUGAAAAGGAAAUUCAGUCUGCAACAGAAGAAACAGAACUCUUCUAUAACAGAGGGGUGUAAGGAUGUGUUUUCGGUGAAUUUGUUUGGUUCCUGCUUGAACACCUUCCUCUCUGCUCGAGCUGUCCGAUCGAAGAACUCUGCAGCAGGUCUGGCACCCGAGGCAUCUGCGCCCACAGGUUGCCUUCCAAUGACACAGGCCAUGGCCCUUUCAAGGCUGUUGCCUGGGCUUUCGAGCCUGGAUGGAAGGAGAGAAGAGAAAGGAGAGGCCGUUCUGUCUGACCCACCCCAUGGGGCUGCAGAAAGAACGGCUGAUGGAAGAGUCCAUUUUCUAUGUGUUCAUCAGCCUCUGAAGGACACUGUGAAAUGACUAAUAAACUUACCAAAAGAGGCCCGCAGAUUUGGUGCCAGGA